AUGUGUCGACUCAAAAGCCUCGGCAUAACAAAUUCUGAAUAUGUUGACGCACUUACUAAUUUUACGUUUUAUUUAAUUAUCUUACAGAGUUUUGUCUAUGUUUCAACAGCAUACUGUAAUCCUGGUCGAAAAUUUGUCGAUGAGCUGAUAUACCCCACACUGCCGCCUGUCAAUUGGAAAAUGUUCGUUGAUUGCACCAAUAAAAUACCGGAUGCCUACUUCAAUAGUUUGGCUAAUUAUAUAAAAGGUCCCCAUCCGAAUACCUACACCUUCACCAAAUCGAUAGCCGAGCAAAUUGUGAAUGAAUACAAACACUGCAUACCAAUUGUCAUCGUACGACCAUCGAUUGUGACAGCAGCACAUCGUGAACCCUAUCCUGGUUGGAUCGACAACAUACAAGGCAUCACUGGCAUAAUGAUGGAAAUCGGAAAGGGUACAAUUAGCAGCAUAUUGGGUGACAAAGAUAUCAUUUGCGAUAUAAUACCAGUAGACUUUGUGGUGAAUUCACUGUUAUUGAUGGCACAGAAAGCAACACUGGGAAGAGUUUACAUAGCCAAUGCAACAUCGGGUGUCACAAAUCCCAUCACUUGGGCGCGUCUGGGUUGUCUGACACUGAAAUGGUCGCGCAUUUAUCCAACUAAUCGCAUAAUGAUGUAUCCGAAUUUUAAAUAUCGAAAAAGUUUUCUGCUACACGAAAUUGCCGUAAUUUUACUGCAUUUCGUGCCAGCGCUGUUAAUGGAUUUGCUGACACUUUUAAGGCAGAAACGAAAAUUUGUGCUGCCAAUUGCGAAAAAAUUUCGACAAGCUUGUCUAGCAGGUCGCACGUUCUCGCUAAAUGAGUGGAUUUUCAAAAAUCGUAGUCGUUACUAUUUUGAGGAAUUACUACAAAAUAAGGCUUUGCAUCAACUCUCUUGGAACUUGGAAGCACUGGACUAUGACAGUUAUAUAAGAGAAUUUGUUAUUGGCAUACAAAAGUAUCUGCAUCACGAGCAAUUUCAUGAGAGUUCCAGUAGGUGGAGAAUCACGCGCCUCUAUUGGAUGUGGACGUUUCUGCACGUCUUUGUACCACUCCUGACCGUAUAUUUCUUGCUAUAAAGUAAUCUUAACAAUGUUGGCAAAAAAUACCUAAAAGUAAAUAUAUUGAAAAAAGGUAUGUAACGUAAAGUGACGUAAUGUAACGUAACACGACGUAAUGUAACGUGACAUGACGCAAGGUGAGACAAAGUCACUUGAAGUAACGUAACGUACGUUAACAUAACGUAUUGCAACGUAAC